AUGAGGGUGACUGUUGUGCUGGUUGUGCUAGAUAUCCUACCAGAUACUUUGCAGAUCCGGACCCAGCCCUGGCGCUGUAAGCCUUCAGCAGGGCCCUCUCACCCACAGAGGGAAAACAAAUUCCUAUCUUGGGCUGUGCUGACGCCCUCCCCCAGCAGUGCCCCUGAUUUGCUUUCAUCAUUCAGAACACCAGGGGUCCCGCGGCGCAGCCCGGGUCACCAGCGUCCUCGCUUCUCCACUCGGGGCGCCCGCCCGCCUGCGGGGCCCCACGUGGUCCUCGACCUGAAGGCGUCCGGGUGCCCGGCCAUGGACUUCGCCGGCCGCCUGCGGGAGCGGCUGCGGCAGUUCUGGAACAGCCACUUCUCGCAGCGCUUCUCGCCGCGGCGCCCGCCGCAGCGCCGCGUCUCCUCCGUGUCCACCUUCUACCUGCUGGACCACCGCACGCGCCACGCCGAGCUGGGGCUCCGCUACGGCGCGCCGCGCACGCGCCUCGGCGACCGGGCCUUCGUGUUCCGCGGCGGCCGCUGGGCGCCCGAGGGCCUGCCGGGGCGCCCGAGGCCGCCGCUGCCCUCGCCGCCCGCCCCGGGCUGCAAGGCGCAGCCGCGGCACCGCAGCCAGGUGCUGCUGGAGGAGAACAACUACCUGCGGCUGCAGCAGGAGGUGCUCAUGGACAUGCUCACCGAGACCACGGCGCGCAUGCACCUGCUGGAGCUGGCGGACGAGGCCCACCCGCCCGCCGCCGCGAGACCGGCCGAGGACGGCGCGCAGGCGCGAGGGGGCGGGCGGCGCGCUCACGCCCGCGUCCUGGUGAUGCAAUAAAGCCGUGCGACCCCCGCCUCCGUCCCCCCGCCCGCGUUCGUGCAGCUCGGCGCGAGGGCCCGGGGCGCCGCGGACCGGCCUGUGGAGCCCGGGGC